AUGUUUCUUAGAAGAAUUGGUGCUGCAUUUCCUCCAUCGAAAAGGAUCUUCAGCUCUUCUGUUAUCCAUGACUAUGCAAGUUCCAUUCAAGAACUCAAUAAGGAAAUGGAAUCUGUAUUUGGGGAACUUCCGCCCGAUGAACUACCUACAUCUGUAAGCAAUAGUCCUGCAAGAGAAGCUCAAAUGGUGGAUGUGUCUCCGAAAGAAAGUAGUAAGAGAACUGCCACUGCUGUUUGCAAAGUACUUCUUGGAAAGAAGGUGUUUGAUUUGGUAUUAGCCAAUCAGAUGGCAAAAGGAGACGUGCUUACAGUGGCAAAAAUUGCUGGCAUAACUGCUGCAAAACAAACUAGUAACUUGAUUCCGUUGUGCCAUAACAUAGGUCUUUCGCACGUGCAAGUUGAUUUGAGAUUGAAUCAUGAGGACUUUAGUGUAACAAUAGAAGGGGAAACUGCUUCAACGGGAAAAACUGGGGUUGAGAUGGAAGCAAUGACAGCGGUGUCUAUUGCUGGCUUAACAGUGUAUGAUAUGUGCAAAGCUGCUUCAAAAGGUAUAACAAUUACAGAUAUAAGACUUAAGCAUAAAUCCGGUGGAAAAAGUGGGGAUUAUUCAUGGGGACAGUAA